CAAUAACAAAACAAACCGGCGACGGCAUUUAGUAGAUAUUUAUUUACAAGACGUGUUAGAUAAUAGUGAUCAUAAACCUAAAUUAUUUAUUUUACUUUUUGUACGAUGAUUCUACGAUUACUGAGUUCGAGUGUUUGUCGUCAUUUGAACAGUUCACUUUCUGCAAACGUGUUCGGAAAAUUUCGGUUUCAGACAACCAGUAUCACGCAAUCGACGUUUAGGUUCAACUUCAUCCAAAAUCCGGUUUUCGCAAAAUCCGUCGCAACACGUGCCUAUGAUGUGAACACAAACAUUGCCAAAGAUGUGAUAUUAUUCAAGUACGAGAAUCCACGGUUCUUCCGUGUGCUGAACUUCUUUGCCAUUAGUCAAUUCUUGUUCUGGGGAUAUCUAACGCACUUCGCCUACACAACACUAAGAGAUGCACCUGUACCACAAAAGGACUCCGAUCAGUUGGCUUGGUACGAAAAAAUUAAUUUGGGAGAGAACAAAUUUAGAAAUGGAAUCGCAAUCAUGUGCUUUUUGAUCGGUUACGGAAUUUUGGCUGGCUCGUGGACAUUUACGUUGCGAUCGGUUCGAUUUUUGAUUCUACGGAAGGGUGGCAAGAAAGUUAGCGUUGUCACGUAUACUCCUUUCGGAAAAAAUCGGAUAAUGGAUGUUCCCGUGAACUGCAUUUCUGCUCAAGAAUCCAGAGAGGCUGCACGCGUGACGAUACCAAUUAAAAUUAAAAACCGAUCACUCUUUUAUGUCUUAGAUAAGAAAGGUGAAUUUACCAAUCAACAAUUGUAUGAUUACACCGUUGGGCUAAGACGAAAUUUCUAAUAGAAUUCACGAAAACUAUCGGUUUUCCUGAAGAAUUGAAUAUUUGUUCUAUCACCGAUCCAGAAAACAUUCUAGCUAUCCGUUAAAUCUCUAUAUGGCAUAACAUUGCGAACAUUAAAGUUGAAACAUUCACCUCUAUUAUGUAUUACGAUCGAAUCGGAUUAUUUGGAUCGAAUGCGAAAUUUUGUAUUCUGCAUCUCGAUCGAGCUCGAGUUUUGCAUACUCACUCGAUCCAAUUACAGAAUGCAAAUUUUCUCAUUCGUUCGAAAUCCAGAAUAGAGGUGAUUGUAUUUCAAUUAUUUCUUGUAGAAUAUUGGUUUGUUUAUCUGAGUGCUCAAACUGUUAUAAAAUGUACCAGAGUACUGCUUCUUAGACAUUAGCAGAAAUGGUUUCUCGGAAAUAGGUACGUAAACUGCCCGCCAUCGUCAACGAUCUCAUUCUCCGGAACUUAAACUUCAAUACGUCAAGGUCAAGAGAUAUUUUGCGGAACACGAAUGAAAAUUCCUAUUUCUGGGUCAUUCAUGUUGUGUUCAUUUAAACGAAACAUUUCUGUCGCACUGUUUACAGUAAAUACAGAAACUGGAAGUAAAGGUAGGAAGGUGACACUAUCGUCAAAUACGAAGUGACGCCAUAUCAAUCAAAUCCCAUCAUGUGAAAGCAUGUGCAAUGGCCAU